UAUAUACCUUUGUAUAUGUAGCUAAAAAAAUACAAUAAAAACAAAAUAAAAAAAACUCAAGUCAAUUGUAUCUACAAAAUACUCGUAGAAUUAACACAACAGGAACAAAAAACAGUGCCGAAAUUUAACAAAAAAAAAAAGUGUAAAACCUUACAAACACUUGUAAACUCGAGAGAGAAAAACCAAAACGUCCUUAAGAGGAGGAAAAGGAAGCAAAUUACAAUUAUAUUCCAAAAAUAGUCAAUUUGAAAAUUGUUGCUCUUGGAAAUUUAUUUUGUUAUUUGUUGGUUGUAGCAAUUGUUAAGGUUGCAACCAUUAACCCAUGACAAUGCCGGAUAGAUUUAAAGUAACUAAGACUGAAGAAAAUGAAGCAGCACCCGAUUAUCUACUAGAGGAAUCAUGUACGGGAAAAUUAUUAAAUGAUUUAAGCGAUAAUGAAAAAUGUGAUGGUCAAACCGUAGAUGAAAACAACGAAAAAUCAAAUAUUGAACCAGGUUUAUAUUUAUACGAUGAAGAGGUAGAAACAAGGCCGCAUAUAUCGCAAUUUAUAUCAUCACUUGCCAAUUAUGAAAAUACUAUACCUGCAGCAACUGAUCCAGAUGCUAAAGCGCCCGCGCCCUCGGCGCGUAUGGGUACACUGAUUGGUGUAUUCUUGCCAUGUAUUCAGAAUAUUUUCGGUGUGAUUCUCUUCAUUCGUUUAACAUGGGUUGUUGGUACUGCUGGAGCUAUUUGUGGUUUUCUUAUUGUUCUAACAUGUUGUUGUGUGACUAUGUUAACGGCGAUUUCCAUGUCAGCUAUUGCCACAAAUGGCGUGGUGCCGGCGGGAGGCAGUUACUUUAUGAUAUCCAGAUCACUUGGUCCUGAAUUUGGUGGAGCGGUAGGUAUGCUGUUUUAUACGGGUACAACUUUAGCAGCGGCCAUGUACAUAGUCGGUGCAGUUGAAAUUGUUUUGACGUAUAUGGCGCCUUGGGCUUCAAUAUUUGGCGAUUUUACUAAGGAUGCCGAUGCUAUGUACAAUAAUUUCAGAGUAUACGGUACUGUACUACUGGUGUUCAUGGGUUUAAUUGUCUUCCUGGGUGUAAAAUUCGUAAAUAAAUUUGCUGCCGUGGCCUUGGCCUGUGUCAUAUUUUCAAUCAUAGCCGUCUAUGUCGGUAUAUUCGACAAUAUCAAUGGCAAUGAAAAACUUUAUAUGUGCGUCCUUGGCAAACGUUUAUUAAAGGAUAUACCCAUCGAUAAUUGUACAAAAGAUGAUUCAUUCCUCAAUGAUUUAUACUGUCCCGAUGGCAAAUGUGAUGAAUAUUAUCUAGCGCAUAAUGUUACCAAAGUUAAAGGUAUUAAAGGUUUGGCCAGCGGUGUAUUCUAUGAGAAUUUGAUGCCCUCCUUUUUAGAGUUGGGACAAUUUAUUUCGUAUGGCAAGGAUCCUGAAGAUAUUGACAAUACAGCUCCCUCAACAUACAAUCAAGUCAUGGCUGAUAUUACCACAUCAUUCACUCUACUCAUUGGCAUCUUUUUCCCCUCUGUCACAGGUAUUAUGGCCGGUUCAAAUAGAUCAGGUGACUUGGCUGAUGCCCAAAAGAGUAUACCAAUUGGCACAAUCUGCGCCAUUUUAACCACAAGUACUGUGUAUUUAUCAUGUGUGUUGUUAUUCGCCGGAACCGUUGACAAUCUAUUGCUUAGAGACAAAUUCGGUCAAUCAAUUGGUGGAAAACUAGUCGUAGCUAAUAUGGCUUGGCCAAAUCAAUGGGUCAUUUUAAUUGGAUCAUUCUUAUCAACACUCGGUGCUGGAUUGCAGAGUUUAACCGGUGCUCCACGUCUUUUACAAGCCAUAGCCAGAGACGAGAUUAUACCAUUCUUGGCACCAUUUGCCAAAUCAUCCAAGCGCGGCGAACCCACUAGAGCAUUACUUUUGACCAUACUCAUUUGCCAGUGCGGUAUUUUAUUGGGUAAUGUUGAUUUGUUGGCUCCCUUGUUGUCCAUGUUUUUCCUUAUGUGUUACGGUUUUGUUAAUUUGGCCUGUGCCGUACAAACUCUAUUGAGAACACCCAACUGGAGGCCACGUUUCAAAUUUUAUCAUUGGUCCUUGUCACUAAUUGGCCUUACUUUAUGUAUAUCCGUUAUGUUUAUGACAUCUUGGUACUUUGCCUUAAUUGCCAUGGGUAUGGCGGUUGUGAUUUAUAAAUAUAUUGAAUAUCGGGGAGCCGAAAAGGAAUGGGGCGAUGGUAUUCGAGGUAUGGCUCUUACAGCUGCCAGAUAUUCCUUGUUGCGUUUGGAAGAAGGUCAACCUCAUACCAAAAAUUGGAGGCCCCAGAUUUUGGUGCUCUCCAAAUUGAAUGACAAUUGUAUGCCAAAAUAUCGUAAAAUAUUUGCAUUUGCUACCCAACUGAAGGCCGGUAAGGGUUUGACCAUCUGUGUGUCUGUCAUACAGGGAGAUCAUACCAAAAUUGGCCAUCGUGCCAUUGAGGCUAAACAGGCUCUGCGCAAGUACAUGGAUGAUGAGAAGGUAAAAGGUUUUUGUGAUGUUAUGGUGGCUAAAGAGAUUGGUGAAGGUCUAAGUUCAGUUAUACAGACAAUUGGUUUGGGUGGCAUGAAACCCAAUACAGUGAUCGUGGGUUGGCCCUACAGCUGGCGUCAGGAGGGCAAGCAGAGCUGGAAAAACUUUAUACAAACCGUGCGCACAGUUGCUGCCUGCCACAUGGCAUUGUUGGUGCCCAAGGGUAUUAACUUUUUCCCCGAAUCCAAUCACAAGCAUGAUUUUAAGAUUGGCGGUAACAUUGACAUCUGGUGGAUUGUGCACGAUGGCGGUCUUUUGAUGCUGUUGCCAUUCUUGUUGAAACAGCAUCGCACAUGGAGAAAUUGCAAAUUGAGAAUCUUCACCGUUGCCCAAAUGGAGGACAAUUCCAUACAAAUGAAAAAAGAUCUCAAGACAUUCCUGUAUCAUUUGCGCAUAGAGGCCGAAGUCGAAGUUGUUGAAAUGAUGAACAGUGACAUCUCAGCUUAUACCUACGAGAGGACAUUAAUGAUGGAGCAAAGAAAUCAAAUGUUGCGUGAAUUACGAUUGAAUCGCAUUGAGAAAACCAAAGUCGUACAAACAAUAAUUGAUCAUCAUCAUGAAAGUAUGAAAACAUCAUCCAAAGUCCGAUUUGCAGAUCCCACAGUAGAAGAAAAACACGAAAAUGAGUCCAAAGAUGAUGAAAAUAAUAUCAGCAAAGCCUUCGAGGCCAACGAUGACAAUAGAGAAAAGAACAAAGAUGAUGACGAUGAAGAUGGCGAUGGCAGUAAUGAUGAAUAUGUAGAAAAGAAACCAAAUGAAAUGAAUGUGCGUCGUAUGCACACGGCUGUUAAACUUAAUGAAGUUAUUGUAAAUAAAUCACAAGAUGCCCAAUUGGUUAUAAUGAAUUUACCUGGUCCACCCAAGGAUAUUAAUCCAGCACGUGAAAGCAAUUACAUGGAAUUUUUGGAAGUUCUUACAGAAGGACUGGAAAAGGUGCUAAUGGUUCGAGGCGGUGGGCGUGAAGUGAUAACUAUUUACUCUUAAGCAGUAAAAACAACAAAAACAAAAUGAAAUAAACAAAAAACAAAACCAAAAAACACCACCCCAACAAACAAAACAAAAUUUAAAAAAAAUGAUAUAAAACAGCAACAACAAACAAACAAAACAAAAAAGAUGAUAACAACAAUUUUGUAAUAUUUGAAACUUAGGCAACUUUUUGAAUCAAUUAAUAUUCAAGUAGUAAUUUUAGGUAUUAAAAUGAAAUAAUAAUAAAUGAAAACAAAAAUGCAAUUAAAACUAUUUUAACUUAAUUUUAUGUAUAAAGAUAAUAAAACAAAAUGUUAUAGUAAAUAAUAAAAAAAAUUAAAAACAAAUUUAGUAAAAUAAAUACAACAA